AUGACCGGCAAAUCUGCUAUAUUAAAUAGGGCAGCUCUAUGGCCAAAUGGUGUAAUUCCAUUUAUGAUAGAUCCAUCAUUACGUAGUGUGGAAUACAUUGUAAGGCAAGCCAUAGAGCAAUAUCAUUAUUACACAUGCAUCAGAUUUAUUCCAAGAACCAACCAGCAAAACUAUUUGCGAAUAUUCAAUGGUGGCGGCUGUUACGCUCACGUAGGAGUUACAUCUGGCGAGCAGCCCGUAUCAUUGGGGCGCGGCUGCCACAAUGUGGGAACGGCCGUUCACGAAUUGGGCCAUUCCAUAGGUUUUUAUCAUGAACAAAAUCGGUCUGAUCGAGACGAGUUUUUGCAAAUCCACUGGGAAAACAUUGCUUUAACAAUGAGAAGACAAUUUGAGAAGUUGCCUGCAAGUCAGACCGUCCUGAUAAAUAAAUUUGAUUAUAAAUCAAUCAUGAUUUAUGGAGAACGCGCAUUUGCGAAGGAUGGCGUCUCUAAGACAAUGACAGCACUGAAGACAAAUGAAAGACUCACAGAUCCAUAUAACAAGCCCGGAUUGAGCCAAUCUGAUAUCUUCAGAAUAAAUACACUUUAUAACUGUAGAUGA